AUGGGUGGUACAUUGGUGCUCGAGAUACCCGCCCGGGCCUGGCUCUAUGCGCUUGGAGUCGGACAUAGCGGGCUGGACGGGGUACCCGACGCUGCCCUAAACUAUCUCCGCACGUUCGACUACGUAUGGUUGCAGGGCGUCUGGCAGACGGGCAAACUGGGAGUCGAACUCGAUCGUGGCCUCCCUGAGCGCCGUGCCGUCUACGACCAGGUACUUCCUGGCUGGACCGAGGAUGACGUUGUCGGUUCGCCGUAUGCGAUCUACGACUAUCGCGUCGCCGCGGAGCUAGGCGGCGAUGAUGCACUAAAGAGGUUUCGUGAGCGCCUGCAUCCAACGCGUUUAUUGCUGGACUUUGUACCCAAUCACAUGGCGCGUGACUGCCCCUGGCCGGAACGCUUUUUUCUACAUAGCAUGGACGGCGCUGAAGCGCUUCCACCGGUCACCGAAACCGCCACCAGGCAUUGGCAAAACCUUCAACAGGGCGAAUUAGAGCGGUUCCAGGAACGCCACCACCAGCGGCUCGCAGGCCGGGAUCCAUACUGUGGCCCGUGGCCUGACACAGCCCAGCUCAACUAUCGCGAGCCGGCGCUGCGGCAGCAUCAGUGCCAAGUGCUCUGUCGCAUCGCAGAUAUGGCCGAUGGCAUACGGGCCGAUAUGGCGAUGAUGGUGCUCAACGAUGUUUUCGAAUGGAGCUGGAGAGACGCAGCAGCAGUUGAAACCGCUGGACCUGCUCCGGACAACAAAGAGUUCUGGGAAGAGGCCAUUGCUGCAGUGCGUCAGCGUCGCCCCGACUUUCUUUUCCUCGCCGAAGUGUACUGGGAUUAUGAGGAGCGACUGCAAGCUCUCGGAUUCGAUGCCACGUACGAUAAGAAACUGUAUGACUUGCUCCACCAGCGGCACUUGGAUCGAUUGCGAGGCUACCUACGAGAACGCUCGGCAGAAUUUCACGCUCGUUGUGUACACUUUGUCGAGAAUCACGAUGAGCCGCGGGCCGCAAGCCAUUUCGGUGACGUUCGUGUCGCAAACGCCGCUGCGGCGCUGAGCUUUCUGCUGCCGGGAAUCCGCCUCGAAUUCUGGGGCCAGUCCGAAGGUCGUCGUGCACGUCUCGAUGUGCACCUGCGUCGAGCUGCGGCAGAGCCCGAGCGUUCAGUAAGCUCCGCUCAAACAGGUUUUUAUGAUCGCCUACAUCGUAUCUUGAUGUUGCCUAUUCUCAGGAAGGGCAGGUUUGUCUACAGCGACCAGGGCCCGAUGCAGCACUGGCGAAUCAUCACCUGGAAUUGGUACCUGGAUAACCGGGCGCCCGGUGAUUGCGACGCUAUCCGGCAUCUGCACAUUGCAGCGAAUUACUCGGAUGAGGCGGUUCACUACCAGCACGCGUAUCCCUGCGACUUGCUCAAUCCCGAUGCCACCAAUCUUUGUGAAUUAUCGCCCUGGACGGUACGCGUUUUAUGUGAGCAAAAGGUCUCAGCUUCCAGUUGA